AUUUCCCUCUCUAUACACAUGGGAGAGAUAGAGUACUAAUUAAAUAUAGGCCCAUACAAUAAAUAUCCUAAAAUGGAAGUCCAUACUCCCGGCGCAGGUCCAAAUCCAAGUCGUGGUUGCCGUGGCGGGUAGCCGUCGGGCGAAAAUCUGAUAGAGAAACACCGGGGAUCUUCCCUUGCAGAGUUUCUCGCCCUGCAAUUUCUCUCCCAUGGAUUCUCCUUCCAAUCUCUCCAAAUUCCGUAUCCUGUGUCCGUCGGCCAGGACCGGCGCCGUUAUAGGUAAAGGAGGCUCCAGCGUCCGCCACAUUCAGACCGUCACCGGCGCCAAAAUCCGCCUCCUCGACAACCCUCACGGCCACCCUCCCUGCGACGAACGCGUCAUUCUCAUUUCGCAUGUUAAUAAUCCCUUUUCCGGUGCCACCGCCAACAACAGAAACCCUAGGCCAACCGCGGCUGAAGAGACUACUGCCGCGAAUGAAAACAGUAAUAGCAGUUCUUCUCAUCCGCCGGACAGUGGCGGCGCCGUUGCUGAUGGGAGUUCCGCUGUUGGCGUCAAAAGCAGUGGCGGAGAGUCCGGUGGCGGAGGGGGAGAUGAAGGGUGGGGUCCGGUGCAGAAAGCGUUGGUUAGGGUAUUUGAGAAGAUUGUGAAAGGGGAUAGUUUGGAGGAGCUGAGUGAAGAAGUGGUGGUCGUGGGUAGGGUUUUGAUUGGGAACGAUCAGGCUGCUCAUCUGUUCGGUAGAGGGGGGAAUGUGCUGGACAAGAUUAUGGCAGAAAGUGGAGCGCACCAAGUCAGGCUUCUCCCUCGUGAGCAGAUACCUCCUUGCGCAUCUCUCGGCGAUGAACUCAUGCUGGUUACCGGAAGCUAUUAUGCUGUAAGAAGAGCACUUCUAGCAUUUUAUAGUUGUCUUGAAGAUAUAAGUAAAGCAGAAGCUGCUAAUCCUGGUAGUGCCAAACAUUCGGGGCACCAUGGGCAUGCAGACUUUUCGCAGCGGGGUUAUGCUGAUUAUCAUUCUAGGGGUCACUCUCCUAAUAUGGGAGCUGAAAACUUUGAUGGCCGUAACGGGAGGGUUGUGGAGGAGGAUGUUGUAUUCAAGUUGUUGUGUCAACUGGAUAAAGUUGGCAGUUUGAUUGGAAAAGGUGGCUCUGUCAUAAAAACUUUGCAGAACGACACUGGUGCGUCUAUCAAAAUUGCUGAUGUUAUGCCGAAUUCAGAGCAAAGACGUUCUCCAGCCCAGGAUGGCGUUAUUCGAGUACAAACCAGAAUUGCUGAGAUUGGAUAUGAACAUGGUGCUCCAGUUGUUGCUCGUCUUAUUGUACACUCGCAGCAGAUAGGACGCUUAUUGGGUAAAGGAGGUCAGAUUAUAUCUGAGAUGAGACACCUUACUGGUGCCCACAUACGCAUAUUUCCUACGGAUCAAGCUGCCAAGCAUGGAACACCACAUGACGAAAUUGUGCAGGUAUUCAGAAGAAUCUCUUUCGAAGGAAAAGUAUUGUUCAGGCCAUUAGCCUGUAUAGAUAUGAGGAACCGGAGAGUUAUUGGCAACUUGCAGUGUGUCCAAGAUGCUCUAUAUCAUAUAACAGGCAGACUAAGAGAUAUAAUAUUUCCUCCAGUGAAAUCGUCAUUUUCAAACAGUGGUGGUCCGCCACCUUAUCAGUCCCAGUUCUCUGAUAUGCCUCCUCCUCAAUUUAGACCAAGACCUCAUCCAGCAUCAACAGGUCCUUAUCCUUCUCCUGCCGCAGGUCCUUAUCAUGGCACUGACCAUCCUGCUGUUCCCCCACAUCAUCAAGAUCACCACUCGUUUCCUUAUGGUGAUGAACGACCUGGGCAUGGUCCUCCAUUUGAAAUUUCUCCCAGAUCAUGGAAUAAUCAACAGGUUCGAUAUUCCUUCGGUCAGAUUGGAAAUAAUCUUGAUGUUCAUCUUCAGAUUUUGUCAUUGUAUUGUUGUUGCUAUUUCACAGCCUACUCAGUUGCUCAGCUAUUAUUAGUGACUCCAUUUCUCUCUUUCGCUCUCUUCUCCAGCCAUUUAACGGCGGCAAUCCACAUGGAGGUGCUGAUGGGUACGCAGCGAGAAAUGGGCCUCCAGCUAGGUGAUCCUCGUUUCCCCAGAACAGUUCGUUUCUUUUCGAAGUUGAUAUUACGUGGAGUCCAAGCACCAGGCGGCCCAGUUGAGAUGGUGAUUCCUCUGAACUUUCUUAGCCAUGUACAUGGAGAGAACAAUAGCAAUCUGAACCAGAUCAGACAGAUAUCGGGUGCGAGUAUACUGAUCCAGGAACCAAAGGCAGGAGGAGGUGAUGUUGUGGUCGGGAUAUCCGGGACCUCACAUCAAAUCCACACAGCUCAGUGUCUUAUCCAUGCCUUCAUUAUGACCGGCCGCUCUGAUGCAGCUUGACAGAUCAGUAAUCUUUGUACAACCAAAACACUGGCAGAAUCGGAUGGUGGUGAUGGUGUAGUUAGUUUGUUAUCUUUGUUAGACGUUCAUCUGUUUGUGGUCUAAGUUUGUAGGUGAAUUAUACAGUAAAAGCUCUGAGGCCUGUGUCAAGAUCAAGAUUCAUCGACUUUGUCAUCUAUGACUAUUAGGCUAGCUUGGAAGGAUUAGUUCUUAAUCCGUUUUUUUUUUUGGCCUUUGCAUGUAAAUAGUGGAAGGCAGAGGUCGGUAAUAGCGUAAUGGAGCUGAGUUUACAAACACUGAAUGCUGGAUAGUGGCUUUGGUUACGUUGUUUCAUAUCCUUGGACCUUGGUUAUCUCAAUAACUCAAACAGUUCAAUUGGG